AUGAAUCCAACUACCUUCGACGCUAGUCCAUCAACCGCUACUGCUGGAAUUACAGACAAACCAAGUACAACUGGCACACCAAGGUUAUAUUAUCGAUAUGCUUUGCAACUACCAAUUUAUCAUGCAAAGACAAUGAUGUUAGGAUUGUGGAUUACUUUUUACACAUCGAUUAGGUGGGCUAUAAAAUAUGAUAGUUUUGUGAAACUUAUAGAAAAUUCAAUCAUUGAAAAGGACGUAAAUAAAUAUAUUGUGCCAUUGGAUUUGAUAUUUCUAUUAUCCUAUUCAACUUGUAUGCUUACCGCUGUUAGAGAAGAAUCAAAACUUUUAUACUUGGUAUACUUUGGAAAUAUUGCGGAAGCUCUAUUGAUAUUAUAUAUAACAAAGGAAUACUGUGAAACUAGCUUGAUAUUUUGCUUUAGAUAUAUAAUGUUUUUUGAUGUAAUCUUUAUUCUAGUAAAUUAUGAGCCAUGUCCUCGUGAAUUCCAAUAUGAAAAUUAUGGAAAUAAAAGAAAUAGAUUAGCUAAGGGAAAAGAUAUUGAAAUUCCGGAUUCUGACGAUUAA